CAAAUUGUCACGUCACAUUUCACAAUGCUCAAUCAAAUGUUGCAAUUUUAGGUUAUGUUUAGUCUUUGGAUAAUAAUUUUAUUUUCGAUCCGAUAAUUUAACUCUAAAAGCAAGAAUUUUAAUUAUAAAUUAUGUAUUAACAGAAUUUUCAUGAGAAUGGCGGCAGAUAUAUUAUCAAGCUUUGAAUUGGAUAAAGAAGCUGAGUCCAGCAAAAUAAUUGUUCUUAAAGAAAUACAUGGAUGUGAUAGCUCUUUUGUAACAAGUUGUGUUCUUGGAAACUGCAUCAAAAAUAAAAAUGCUGUACUUAUUAUAUCUACCCACAACUCCCUUUUGCAUUAUCAUAAUGUUGGUCUCAAGAUGAACUAUAACUUACACAAAUCAAUAGAACUGGGUCUAAUUCAUUUUUAUGAUGCAGGCAAUGAACUACUUAAUAAUAUUUUGAAAAAUUGUAAUAAUUCUGCACAGGAUUUUUUGUGUAAUGUUAAAAAAAAGCUUAAUGACAUGUCUGAAAAAUAUGGUUCUGUAAAUGUUAUUUUUGAUGGGGUUUCUCAUCUGUUUGAUCUUCAGUUUGAUUUGAGACAAGCGAAUAGAAUAUGCAAAGAAAUUAUUGAUCUUACAAGAUCAUACAAUAAUUCCUUUGCACUGUUUCACUGUUAUGUUGCUAUGGAGGAUGAUGUAACAAAUGUGUUUGCUAAUCUCCUCUGCCACAAAGCGCAAAUUGUAGUGGAAGUAGAAAGCCUCUCCUCAGGAUUGAGCGCUGAUGUCUCAGGUCACCUAACUUUCAAAUACCUUUAUCAGAAAUAUCAAAGGAACCAUUUGCAUACAUUAGAAGCUAAAACGUCCCAAUACCUUUUUAAAUUGUUUGAUAGAGGAGUAAAGUUGCUUGCUCCAGGUACUGUUUAAAAUAUCUUAUAAUAAUAUGUUUCUUAGUAAAGGUCUUCAAAUAACCCUUUAAACACAAAGCCUUUUUACAUAAAAAGAGUGGGAGAUAGUAUUUGGUAGCCAAAGACAGGCCGCCAAUCUUCUACUGGCUUCAGUCUGAUACUCCAUAGUUGACUGGCCACAUUCAUCACUGUUCUUUGUAAAUAUGUAAUAGCUAAGCAUAUAAAAUAUUUUUACAAUAAAAAGUAUGUAAUUAAAUAGAUUUUUUAAUU